AUUAAAACUAACUUCCGUCGAUAAAGCAGCAUAAUUGCCUUCAGAGUUCUGUUCCACGCCGAUGAAGCGGUUUGUAGCAUAGACAAUUUAAUAAAAAUCUCAAAAAGUAAGGAAACAUUCGCUUCUUAAAAAACCUAUUACAUUGAAAUAAACCCGCGGCCGCGGAAGAUCAAGCAGAACCUCUUACCGGUAUUCCUUAACGCUACUUACGUCACGAAUUAAAUUUUUUUACACAAAAUCUAAAAAAAAUGCCGGGUACUGGAACGUUUAAGCUGUUCAUCGGCAAUCUCGAAGAAAAGACACAACCGAAUGACUUGCGACCAUUGUUUGAGAAAUACGGUACCGUGGUCGAAUGCGAUAUAGUAAAAAAUUAUGGAUUCGUCCAUAUGGAAAAUGAACAGCAGGGACGUGAUGCCAUCCAAAAUCUAAACGGUUACGUGAUUAAUGCAAAUCCCAUCAAAGUUGAAGCCGCGAAAAGUCGUAGAGCGCCCAAUACGCCGACAACAAAAAUUUUCGUUGGUAAUUUAACCGAUAAGACACGCGCUCCCGAAGUAAGGGAACUGUUUACUAAAUACGGAACGGUAGUUGAAUGCGAUAUCGUUCGUAACUAUGGUUUCGUUCAUUUGGAUGCUCAUGGUGAGGUGAAUGACGUUAUUCGGGAAUUAAACGGAAAAAUGGUCGACGGUCAGCCACUUAAAGUUCAAGUAUCAACUAGCCGCGUAAGACCGAAACCUGGUAUGGGUGAUCCGGAGCAAUGUUAUAGGUGUGGCCGAUCGGGACAUUGGUCGAAAGAAUGUCCGAGAUUGAUGUUUUCUGAUCGUGGAGGUUAUCGGGACCGAAUGUAUCAUCGUGAUCCGUAUCCGCCGCCACCACCUCCAUUUUUGAACCGAAUGAUGGACGGAUUCAGGGACAGUUACGACUACUACGACAGAUAUGAUGACAGCCGUGAUCUUUUCGAACGACGUUAUUCCGGCAUGGGAAUGCGAGGUGGCCGAGAUUUCCUACCACCGAUGGGACGACGUGAUCCGAUGCCAUUACCACCACCAUUGGGCGGAAGUAUUGGACGAUCCGGUGGCAGUUCGUCAAUGCGCAGUGGAAUGAGCAGUGGUAACGGUGGCUAUGAUUCAGUAUUCAGUAGGCGUUCUCCGCCGCCUCGUUCCGGUAAUGGCAUGAGCCGGUUUAGUACAUAUGAGGACUUCAGUCGUGAUUCGUUCGAUGAUCGACGCAUGAGCCGUGAUUCGUUUGACGAUCGUCGUCCGGGAAUGCGUGGACCGUCACCUACUCAUCGCUAUGCACCAUACUGAGAACGUUUGCAUUGUUUUUAAUUUACCAACAAAAAGACAAUUCUUCGACUUGUAUCUAAUUCACAUGGGUAGAUGAAAUUAUUUCUUAAAAUUUUUUAAUUUAAUUGUUUGUCAUGAUAACAAAAAAAAAAGUACCGAGACGAAUAUAAGGAUAAAAAUGAUGUAUUUGAAGCAGCUCGUGGCGGAACUAGAUUUUAUAUUAAAGUCUAAAGAUUUUUGUUUUUGGUACACCUAUAAGUCUAUGCUUUGUGUAAAAAUCGAAUGUUCAUGGGCUGAGAAAAUGGAUUUGAAUUGAGGGGCUGUCACAGCAUAAAAAAAAUAUUUUUUACUUUACAACCUUAUGUAUAGACGUCGACAUGCGCUAUUUGAUUAAAAACAAUUGUAUUGAAUAAAAACCUAUCAAUGUGUAAAACAAGGCUAAUUUAACAACAGAAAAA